AUGGACCCUUAUGAUCCAUACUAUGGAUCAUGUAUGGGUAUGGGUCAUAGUAUGGACCGUUAUGGUCCAUACUAUGGAUCAUGUAUGGGUAUGGGUCAUUAGUUAGGACUUUUUAUUAGUUACACUGCUUGGACUAGAUUGUGGUUAGUAAGCAAUGUAGUUUAAUCUAUAUUUCAUCUAUAUAAGACGAUUGAUAUAAUUAAGUUAAAAGGAUCACAAAAGAACAAAGAGUAAACAGAUGCAAUUAUGGUUAAAAUGUGUACAGUUAUGUGAUGUUAAGUAACUUUAAUGAAUAAUGCUAUCACUUUGACAGCUGUACAACUGCAACCACUAAUCAUGUAAUAGCGCCAAAUUUAGUAUGGUAUAACAUCCUAUACUGAGUCAUUGUUUACCUAAUGGAAGUGUAAUUGAAUUAUGUACGUCUGAUGGCACUCUAAUAAGUGAAUGAGUGGGAAUUCCUCUGGGCAUCAUGUUACUAGCAAACUGCAUACACUUGCAUAUGUUGUGUGUAAAUUCUUAUUUGCGUUGUAUGUACGUAUGUAUCAAUUGUUUUGCUUUAUUGAAGCUGUUUUGGAACUUAUGUUGGUUGCAUGAUGUACUAGCAAGUACAAUGUAUAUAUCUAGCUUGUUAUUAUUCAGCCUCAGCUCAUAGGCUUGACUUUAAUUUCAUUUAUUGUGGUAAUCAAAGUCCAAGUGACAACUCUUUCAUGCUCACUCUUAAUCAGCUCUUUUUAUUUAUUCCCAAUGUAUGGUUACACCUCUUCUAGAUAUUGUAUUAAGCUUAAUAUGGUGCAAACAGAAACUUAAUUGCACCAAGUCAUUCAAAAGCAACUUGGUUUGACAGUUUGACCUCUAUAAUACACUGCAGAAUGGAAGAAGAAUACAUUGAGAAUGACAACUUCACUCUAAGUGAAGAAAUCAAUGGGCCACUGUUAGCUGCUGUGAUUGCAGUAGAGAUGGUAGCUGGACUCAUUGCUAACAUUUUUGUACUUGCUCUGAGCUGUUUUCAUUGCGAAAUUUACAAGAAGCCAUCAACCGUAUUCCUCACCAACAUGCUUGUUGCCAAUCUCAUCAUGAUUGUAGUGGUGAUGCCAGUCCCCAUUGCAACUUGUGUGAGUGGUGAGUGGAUAUUUGGAAGCACAGUCUCAUCAAAACUAGCUUCCUGUGAAGCUAUGGGCACUUUGUUUGCAUGGAGCACUCUCAUUGCAACAGAAAGCCUAGUCCUGCUUUCUUUUGAUCGCUUCUUCUUCAUUGUAAAAGCUGGGAAAUAUAAUGAACACAUGACUGUCAAGAAAGCUCUCAUCAUAGUUGUUGCGUCCUGGAUACUCGCUACCAUAUUGGUUAGUCCACCACAGUAUGGAUUUGGGGGUUUUAAUUUCGCUGAAAGUUAUGGCCUUUGUGGCCCUAGCUUUAGGAGUGUUGGCUUUUCAGUGUACGGUUCUGUCAUCAUUGGAAGUCUCAUCAUUAGUAUAGUCGUCACGUCACUC